AUGGCGGCGCAGGGCCCGGCGUCCCUGCCGUUCCGCAACGUUUUCCCGGUCGAGGCGGACUUCCUGUUUUCGGUCGACAACCCCGCCUUUGUCCUGGGCCGCCCCAGCCAGCGCGUCGGCCCCAAAAAGGCCACCACCAUCGCGGUCUCACACAAGCCGGAGGCGGCGGCCGCCAAGGCGGCCGGCGGCAGCGGCAGCGGCAGCGGCAGCGGCAGCGGCAGCAGCAGCGGCGCCGGCGGCGGCAGCGGGCGCGCGAGCACGGCGGGCGGAGGCGGCGGGGGCGGCAACGGCGGCGCGGCAGAGGGGGUGGCGCGCACCGGGAAGCUGACGGUGUCGUGCCCCAAGCAGACGAGCUCCCAAUGGGUGUACUACCUCACCGCUUGA